GUCGACCCAGCACAAGCCGACCCGGACCCCUUGGCCAGCGCUGACUUGGACGGAGUGCACGCAUGCGUCGCUGAGUACGCCGCGCCGCUCCUGCGACGGCUACGGGGGCCACAAGCAGACUGGCCUGCGGCGGAGGAUUUCGCCAAGAUUCCUAACUGGCCAGCGCAUGCUGUCCCACGCCCGGCAGCCUUGUGCUUUUCUGAGAUUGCCAGUCUGGGCUCCGAGAAAGCAGACUUGGACGCCGCUGGCUCUCGCCUGUUGCCAUCUUGCUGUAGUGCUUUGCCGGUUGAGGUGGCCCUUCUCUGCCUCUCGCGCUGCACAGGGUUCCCGGACAAGCUGGUGCAUCAGGUUUGGUCGACAAUGCUCGCUGCGUGCUUGCAUAUUGACAUGCAAGUGGAAUUGAAGGCAACUUUAUCAGUCACCCCGAGGGUGCCGUGCAUCGGCAUUGCAGCCCCGGGGUCGAAGAAGACCCCCGUGCAGCAGGAGUUGAUACACAGGGUGUUUUGCGACGUCAUGGAUCGCAUGCCCUUCCUCGCGCACAACUCUGCAAGCGCGGGUGAAAGACUUCUUUUCGACGGAGGAAGCACUGCGGGUUUCGUGAAGCAGCUGAAGCAAAACUCCGGCUAUAUCUACUUAGUUGUAGAGGAGCUAGUCAGCUUCUUCGACGCAAGUUACGCUGCAAUCUCUAUGAUGGCGCAGGAGGACGUCAUUAGAAAGUUCUUUUGCGCGAAGGGCAUGUCCACGGGCUUUCUACAGGGGUGGUGCUUCACCGUGGCCCACGCGCAAGCUUGCCGUUGGGAUGACAUCGGUGCCUUGCAGCCCAUUCGCGAAUUUCUUGGCGGAGUCGUAGAAAGCGCGCUGCGGAUCUUUGGGCCCGCCAGCUCGGCGCGCAAGUUGUCCUUGACCAACGAGGCCAACAAGCUCCUUGCUCAGGUUCACAAUUUCUUCGAAGAGCAAAAACUAUCUACGCAGCAGCGGGUGUCAGUCAGGGACUAUGUCUCCAAGCACUCGCAAUGGAUUGGCAGCUACAUCGCCGUGGCUCACGUGGAAGAGGAAUCUUUGCGCUACCUGCAGUUCACGCUCUGCGCCGUGCCUGCGGUUCAACAUCGCACGAUGGACCCGAGGGGGAAUCCAGCUGAUGUCCCCGCACAGUGCGUGUGCGAUCUGCCGGUUGUGGUGAAGGUCUGUAAGCGCAAAGGCAAGGGAGCGCAGUCUAAUGUCGGGCGGCAGUUCUGGUGCUGCUCCGAAGCAAGUGCCUUGGUCACACAGUUGCAAGGGUCGUUUGCGUCGCUCGGAUGUUGCUCUGUUUUUGUGUUUGACGCGCACGGUCCGCGGGUGCGGUCAGGGUGUGCCUUGCCAGGCUCCGAGGAUGGCUGCGACUUCUUCAGGUGGUGCGACGAGCCAGCUUCCCUGGGACCCCUGCGGCAAGAUCUGUCAGAUCUAGUGGACGAGAGGCACGCUGUGGACACCAAGGCCGGCGUCCGAAGCGUUCAGCGAGCGCUUGUCAAGUUCACGGAGGCAGCCUUCUUUCUCAACGUCAUUGCCUUUGAGACGGAGAUGCGGCUGCAGACCAAGCAGUCACAGGAAAUCUUCUGCUCUGGGGAUGUUCUGGAGUGCAAAGUAUGCGGAGAGCCGAUGACAUCCACGGAGCGCUUGCUGGCGGAGGUCAUGAGAGCACUUCCCGACGAGCAGGAAGUAACGCUCAGCGCUGUGAGAAACUCGGCUCGAUUGGGUCGGGCUGCCAUGGGCCCUCGUCAUCUAUCGGCUGCUCAGUUCGAUGAGGUUUGCGAGCUGGCACGUGGGCUUGGUAUAGCUGAUGUCCACCAAAGACGGGCUGGUGGGGCUGCAGGGCGUCAGCAACGAGUGCUUGCAAAGCGUGUUUUGACAGAGGAGACCAAGAGGGCGAUGGAAAAUUUGCGUGUGCCUCUCUGGUGCUUUCCGGCAGCGUGA